AUGAGCAGCAAGUCAGCAGUGAUCACUACCCGCAUAUAUAGGGGCACUCAGGCGGACGCCCUAGUGGACACUAGGUGCAACCUAUACGCCCUUAUCGACCACGACCUAGCCUAUAAGCUCCGCCUGCCUAUAGUAGACUGCUCUAAGCGGGUACUAGGCAGCUUUAGCGAUAGUAUAGGUGCUACGAAAGCAAUAGGCGUAGUUGUCUUUAACCUUAAGCUAUGCGGUUAUAACGAGAAGAUCUUUGCACAUAAAGUUCGAGCGAUCAGCCUAGCAGAUAUACAGAAGGCUCUUAUGAAGAAGACUGAGAAGGCAGACCUAAAGGCCCUCCUUCCGCCAGCUAUACUAGCUGAGUUCCGCAAGCUAUUCCAACCUGACGAAGCCGCCAACCUUCCACCGCAUCGCCCUGGGGUCGACCACAGGAUCCCUAUCAAACAGGACGAAAGUGAGCAGCAGCUCAGCACCGCCUACUACCUGCAGACUGAUAGAGGCCUAGAGAGGAUAAACCAGGAGAUCCAGGCCUACCUAUGCAACUAUGCCACCUACUCACAGAAGGACUAG